AUGGAAACAGAAGAAGUUCGUAAACGACAAUUUGACUCGUAUGCUAAUGCUGAUCAGGUGAUGAAAGGGAUCGAUUUAUCGGGAAAGACGUGUGUUAUCACUGGAACAACAUCUGGAAUCGGAGUUGAAACUGCCAGAUAUCUUGCUUUGAAAGGAGCUCAUGUCGUUAUGUUGAAUCGAAAUGUAGCUGAAUCUGAAAAACUGAAAAAUAAGAUAAUUGAAGAGUACGGGGACGCCAAAGUUGAUAUCGUUGAAUGUGAAUUGAAUUCUUUAAAGUCUGUAUCCAAAGCAGCUGAUGAGUAUAUAGCAAAAGAAUGGCCAAUCCACUGCUUGAUUCCAAACGCGGGUGUUUGUGGGACUGCUUCUUGUAAAACUUCAGAUGGAUUCGAAUCUCACUUUGGAGUAAACCAUCUGUCCCAUUUUUUGCUAAUCCGCAAGCUUCUUCCGGUUAUCCGAAAAACUCCACCUGCAAGAGUUGUGAUUCUCUCUUCAACUGCAAACCAACGAACUGGAAUUGAUCUUUCACUCUCAAAAGAAGAAAAAUUGAAACUUCUGUGCCCGGAUAAUCCAUCGGAAGCCAACUGGUACCGUUUUUAUGCUCGAUCAAAGAUGUGCAACACUUUGACAUCAUUCAAAUUGCAUCGAGACGAGUAUUCCAAUGGAAUUCGUACAUAUUCUGUCCAUCCAGGAGCACUUAUCAGAACAAGUAUCUUCAGAGACUCAUGGUUAGCAACAAUCGGAAGUAUUCUGAUUUCUCCUUUCACAAAAUCCAUUAGCCAAGGAGCCGCAACUACACUGUACUGUGCAACUCAUCCGGAACUCGGAGAUGUUUCUGGAAAAUAUUGGGAUUCGUGUUGGGACGAUGAGACUAAGUUGGAUAAGGCGUUGGCAAGAGAUGAAGAACUUCAAGAUACUCUCUGGAAUCAUUCUGAAAAACUUCUGGAGGCUUAUUUAAAAUGA